GGGCAUUUGAAAGACCGACUCGCGGUUGCUGUUUGAAAAAAAAAAAAAAUGAAUAUUGUGAAGCAGACACUCAACCCAUUGUAUCCUUCCUUUUUCGUGCCUCUUUUACCUGAGAUUCAACAUGGUUAGAUACGCUGCUGCUCCUGUUAACAAUGCCAAGGCCGCCAAAUCCAGAGGCUCUUACCUUCGUGUUCACUUCAAGAACACUCACGAAGUCGCCGCUGCCGUUCAAGGUUUGAAGUUGACCAAGGCUUAUACUUACUUGAACAACGUCACUGAACACAAGCAAGCUAUUCCUUUCCGUCGUUUCAAUGGUGGUGUUGGUCGUACUGCUCAAGCCAAGGAAUUCGGUACUACUCAAGCUCGCUGGCCCGUCAAGUCUGUCAAGUUCAUCACUGACUUGUUGAAGAAUGCUGAAUCUAACGCUGAAGCUAAGGGUUUGGAUAUUGAUCAACUCUACAUUUCCAGUGUUGUUGUCAAUCAAGCUCCCAAGCACCGUCGUCGUACUUACCGUGCUCAUGGUCGUAUCAACCCUUACAUGACCACUCCUUCUCACAUUGAAGUUAUUCUUACUGAAAAGGAUGCUGUUGUUCCCAAGGCUAACGACAAGAAGGUUCUCCGUCUCAACGCUCGUCAAUUGGCUCGCAAUGCUCGUUUGGCUCGUGCUUAAAUAGAUAUUGUUUAUACUUUUUCAUGCACACUUCUUAUUUUUAUGUCCUCUUUAUCCAUCUUGUUUUUAUAUUUUGUGAAAUAAAAAAAAAAUACAACUUA